AUGACCACAACGACGCUGAAUUCAAAAGAGGCGAAAACUAUCCCCGCUGAUACAUCGAGGCUGCUCAGAAACGUUGAUACUAUUGGAGUAAUUGGCGUUGGCUACGUGGGGAAACAUCUGCUGGAUGUGUUCAGCUCAUCCUUUAAGGUGAUCGGCUACGAUGUGUCAAGCGCAAGAGUGAAGGCCUUGCGCUGUACGUAUUCGCAAGGCAGCCAUGUCCAAAUCUCGAACAACGAACAAGACCUCAAGGCUGCAAAGCACUUCCUUAUAUCUGUGCCAACGACUCUAGGCCUGGAUGAAAACCCAGACCUGUCACACAUUAUCAGUGCGACGAAGAUCGUGGAGCGAUACGCCGGCCCGGGAUCAGUCGUUGUAAUAGAAAGCACCGUUGCGGUUGGAACAACUCGAUUACUACUCGAGCCGAUUGCCAGAUCUCUUCAUUUGUUUGCAGGAAUGUCACCAGAGCGCAUCGAUCCGGGUAGAGUUCUACCCCCUGCCCGCUCCAUACCAAAGGUUGUUUCUGGGCUCGACGAUGUUGUUCCUGGUUCUCUCAAGGCCAUCACUCUACUUUAUGACGCUGUUUUCGACACAGUCAUCCCUGUCAGCAAACCCGAAGUAGCAGAAAUGCUGAAACUAUACGAAAAUUGCCAACGAACAGUCGCUAUUGCUUAUGCAAACGAAAUGGCGGACGCUUGCAUUCCUUAUGGCAUCGAUCCUUUCGAAGUUGCGAAGGUCGCCAGCAGCAAACCUUUCGGUUAUCUUCCUGUCUACCCGUCACUAGGAAUUGGGGGCCACUGUAUUCCAGUCAACCCGGCCUACUUGUUGUCGACAUGUGACCUUCCGAUCUUGCAACAAGCCUACGAGGAGACGAAAACACGUCCUUCACGGAUCGCCAGCCGACUUCUUGUCUCUUUGUUAAAAGACGAGCGCGAGGCACAAAGAGCUAGCUCUCAGCCCCGUCUGCUGGUUGUAGGCCUGGGCUUCAAAGCCGGACAAUCUGAUCUAUCAAACUCCCCGGGUCUGCAAUUACUCAACUUCAUGCGGGAUUCCGGCGCUGUCGAUCUUACGUUCUGCGACCCUUUGGUGGAUCAAAGCGCCGUACCUGAAGUACCAAAAUUGAAAGACAGUAACUGGAAGCAGGCAAAGCUCAGAUCGUUUAACGCAAUUGUUGUGGCAAUCAAACAGCCUGGUCUAGAUUAUAGCGUUUUGGAGGGGAUAGAAGGACCAAAAGUAUAUAUCUGGCAAUACUAA